UGGGAACAAGUCACUCAGGACCUCAUAUCUGAACAGACAGCUAAUAAACUCAGAAAUCACAAUGGGACUGCUUGAGUUUAUUAAGGAUUAUUUUCUUGGUUUCUGGGACUAUGAGACCCCCAAGGUAAUGGUGGUUAAAAACAAAAAACUUGGAGUCAUAUAUAGGGGGGUUCAGUUUCUUGUGAUCACCUAUUUCAUCUGGUAUGUCUUUAUCAGUCAGAAAGCCUAUCAGGACAGUGAGACGAGGCCAGAGAGCUCAGUCUACACUAAGAUGAAAGGCACAGCACUGCAGGGGGACCACAUCCUGGACAUGGUGGAAUACGUCCGACCCUCAGAGGGCGGUGACGUGAUCAGCACAAUACUGAGACGAGAGGUCACACACAAUCAGAGGCAAGGCACGUGUGCUGAGCAUUUCACUGUUCCCAGUGCCAACUGCUCAAAGGAUGCUGACUGCACCUCAGGGGAAGUGAACUUUGAUGGCAAUGGACAGAGAACUGGGCGCUGUGUUCCCUACUACAACCAGACUUUCAAGACCUGUGAGAUUCAGACCUGGUGUCCUAUUGAGGACUAUGCCGCAAUAUGGGAGCCGGCAUUGGCAGAGGCCAUCAAUUUCACUGUUUACAUCAAGAAUGCCAUCCAUUUCCCCAAAUUUAAAGUACUGAGAGGAAACAUCAAACCAAACAAACGAAAUGGCCAGAAAUAUCUGAAUAAGUGUCAUUACAAUGAGAAGGAACACCCAUACUGCCCCAUCUUCCGGCUGGGCUACAUCGCAGAACAGGCCAGGGAGAAGUUCAGCGAGCUCUGCAGGACUGGGGGAGUGAUUGGAGUGCUCAUCAACUGGAAGUGUGACCUUGAUCUGGACCCCUCAGAGUGUACCCCCACAUACUCCUUCCGUCGCCUGGAUCUUCGGAAGAACCUGCCCAGCUCUGGCUACAACUUCAGGUUUGCCAAGUAUUACAGUAAGGACGGAGAAGAGUUCCGGACACUUAUCAAGGCCUUCGGGAUUCGUCUGGACGUCAUAGUUCAUGGACAUGCUGGACGAUUCAGCAUCAUCCCAACUAUCAUCAACACAGUGACAGCCAUGACAUCUGUUGGAAUAUGUUCCAUUAUCUGUGACUGGAUCAUGCUCACGUUCAUUGACAAGAACGAUAUCUACAGUGACAGAAAGUUUGAUGACGACAGUAAAGUGCCCAGCCCCAGCCAGCUCCUCACAGUUCCCACAGAAUUCACCAUCAGCUAUGGCUCCAACCACUCAGACCUGUCAGAGGGAGUGGCCCUGUGAUGUCCUGCUGCUACAGUGCUAUUUGGCCACAUGCAUGGAGGAUGCUAUUCCUCAGACACCUGACUGUUGGACGGACGGACAGACACACAGACAGACAGACAGACAGACAGGACGGCCUUUCCCCCAAUCGGUCUCAGACGUCCGCAGAGAGGACUCUGAUGGGUCCACCUCUGCGGAAUUGAACUGAAAGACAGCCAAGACUUGAUGGGUUAGUGUCAAUUCCAUGUAAAUUCCUGUUGGUUCAGGAAUUGAAUUUAUACACCAAUAAAUAAAUUCCAUGUCCAGUUCAAUUGACAGGGACAGAAAUUAUACUGUUAAACCCAAUCUCAAAUGAUUGCAAAUUGUUUGAAUUGAACAUAAGAAAAAUAAACCAAAUCAUUUACAGCAAACAGCUAAACAUGUUGGAGUAAAUUUUUACUGAGAACCGUCUUUCCACAGUCUAACCCGAACCAAGUCAAUAACUGUAUACUGUAAUCUAUAUAUGCAAACAUAACAAUAAAUGUCUAACCAAC